AUGCGAAACGGGAACCCAGUCCGAUCUCCGUUCCCUCAUCCCUCCGGAGAGGAGAAGAAAAGAUCAGCGUCCGGGACUCGACGAAGCACCAGCAAGACGCCGCCACGUCUUACAGAACUUGAUAAGGAGCAGUUGCUGGAAAUAGCGAAGGCUAAUGCUGCGGCUAUGUGUGCCAAGGCCGGCGUGCCGAUCCCAGAGAGUCUCAGGCCCAGAUCGGUUCUUCAGAUGCCCUUGCAAACCCCAAAUCCCACAUCCUUGUCUUUACAGUUGCCAGUGAUGUCAAGCAUGACGAUGAACGCUGCUAUGGCUAGUAUGACCGCCGCCACCAUGACCGCUGCUUUGUCCAGCAUGGGUGCUCUGGCUUCCUUGCCACAGCUGGCCCCGUUACCGACAAUCGUCAACAAGCCGCCGUCCUCCGCCACACCCAACCUCGCCAGUAUCGAAGAAGCCAAAAAGAAAGUCACGAAGCAGGCGAACAGCUUCAGCAUUAAAGAGCUGACCGAGAGAUGCAAGAAGAUCGCCGAGAGCAAGGAAGAGAUGGCCAUCGCAAAACCACACGUGUCGGACGAUGAGGACGAUGAAAGGCUAGUCGGAGCUUCCCUCAAGGAGAAUAAAGGCAUCGCGUUCAGUCUCGGUAACACCUCCAUAAAGCCGUCCGUCCGAACCGAAGCGGUCUUCGCUAAGGAGUUCCCGGUGUCCUCCGGCUCCCAGCACAGGAAGAAGGAGGCCGAUGGUGCGUAUGGAGAGUGGGUGCCGGUCGAAAAGAAAAUAGAAAAGCCAUCUGCAUCGAGUUCUUCUGGGCCUGAGGAGACCAGCAAGGACAGUGAUAGUGUCUUUCCUGAAGCGCCUUCUCAGCCGGUGGACAUCACUUUGGCCGUCAGUGAGAGAGCGGUCGCUCAGAAGAGACUGGCGGAAAACCCUUUCGACAUCAAUGCCAUGUGUAUGCUAAAUCGGGCUCAGGAGCAAGUUGAUGCAUGGGCCCAGUCCAACACGAUCCCCGGCCUCUUCACAGGCUCCACCGGCGCUCAAGUGCUCUCGUCCGAUGAGCUCUCCAACAGCGGCCCGCAGGCCUGGAUUAAGAAGGACCAGUUCCUGCGGGCGGCGCCGGUCUCGGGCGGGAUGGGGGAGUUACUGAUGAGGAAGAUGGGAUGGAGGUCGGGGGAGGGUUUGGGGAAGCACAGGGAAGGGACGGUGGAGCCCAUCAUCAUCGACUUCAAAACCGACCGCAAGGGCCUCGUAGCAGAAGGAGAGAAAACCCAGAAAUCUGGCAACAUCGUCGUGAUGAAGGAUCUUCUAGGGAAGCAUCCGGUGUCUGCUCUGAUGGAGAUGUGCAAUAAGAAGAAGUGGCCACAGCCGGAGUUUGUGAUGGUGCACCACAGCGGACCAGACCACCGCAAGAACUUCCUCUUCAAGGUGGUGGUGAACGGGUGUGAUUAUCAGCCUCAGACGGCCAGUCCCAAUAAGAAGCAUGCCAAGGCGAUGGCAGCGACGGUGGCUCUGCAGGCGAUGGGAGAGGUGGCUGGAGACGGUGUUCAUGCGGGCCCCGUCUUCACCGCCGCCACCAGCACAUGACACGCCCCGAACAUUUCACUUCCCAUGUUUCCGUUAAAGCAAUAUCAUCUGGAUAAGGCAUAUCUAUCAGUACUUUGUUCAUUUCCUUCACCCAUGUCCUCCUCGGUUUGGUAAAGCGAUGGCCUUCGACACACCAGUGAGAAUGAGACUUCGUAUUUGACUAGGUUUGAACUGUGAAGGUUUGUGUUUGAUGCAUUUGACUGAACGGCAUCAUUGUUUUAAACUUGUAAAUGUUUCAUGCAUGCUGUAAAAUUGUUUUAUCUUUAUAAAUGUUUUUUUUUUUUUUUCUUUGCUUUAAAGUUUAACCAGCCCCAGUUCAUUACUUCUUUUAUUUCUGAAGGCUUGUGUUCUGUUGCUGGCAGAGAACAUGUUUUGUGAUGAAACAAUAAAUGAGAUAUCUUGUCACUGGAAAA